AGCCUGGGGAGGUUUAACAUGUUGCCAGAAGACGUAUUGCUGGAGAUUCUAGCUUUGGUCCCGGCUGUGGAUCUGAUCCGUCGCUGCCGGCAGGUCUGUAGUCAGUGGAAGGAAGUCAUCGAUUCUGCGACACUGUGGAAGCUAAAAUGUCAGCGUGCGGGCUACAUCACCAAAGACUGCCAGAAACAUCCCAAAGACUGGAAGAUCUUCUACUACCUGUCCAGCCGCAAGAGGAACCUGAUCCAAAAUCCAUGUGCGCUGGAGCAAUUUAAUGCAUGGACGAUAGAGGAAAAUGGCGGUGAUCUUUGGAAGGUAGAAGAUUUGCCUGGAGAUUCAGGAGAACAGAUCCUAGAUGGGACUCUCACCAAAUACUUUGUGACUUCCUAUGAGACUUGCAAGAAGUCUCAGCUGAUUGACCUGAAGAAAAUGGGGUACAGCACUGAAUUUAUGGACACUAUUCAACCAGACAUUGUCAUCAAAGACUGGUAUGCAGCGAGGAGGGAUUGCGGCUGUCAGUAUGAGUUGGUGGUUCGAUUACUUUCUAAAAAGAAGACAAUCAUAAAGGAAUUUUCCCCAGAAAAAGUGCUCAUAGAGCAAUGGAGCGAUGCCUGUUGGCAGCAGAUGAUGUGUAGGUUUAGAUACUAUGGACCAGGAGUGCGCUACAUAUAUUUUCAGCAUGGUGGGAGCGACACGCAGUUCUGGGCUGGUUGGUAUGGAGUUCGGGUCACCAACAGCAGUGUCACCAUAGAACCAGAAGAUCUUACUGUAAAAGAAAACAGGUGUUUGACAGAUUAAAUGUUUUAA